GAGACUCUUGGACAAUAAAUCACUAUAAUGUCCAACCCUUUCAGCCUGUUCAAUUUUCAACAAUAUGGAUCUAGACACCACUCGAUUAUUAGGAGCUCCUUCCCCUUCUUCUUCUUCUUCUUUCACCAAUUCAUGGACACACGAUGUCUUUCUCAGCUUUAGAGGUGAGGACACACGGGACAAUUUCACAGACCAUCUACACAAAAAUUUGGUCCAGAGGGGCAUCAGAACCUUCAUAGAUUAUGAGCUCCCAAGAGGAGAAGAAAUAUCACAAACACUUGUCGAUGCAAUUGAAGGAUCGAGGUGUUCUGUCGUCGUAUUCUCUGAAAAUUAUGCAUCCUCCAAGUGGUGCUUGGAUGAACUCGCUCAUAUCAUUCAAUGUAGAAAUUCUAAACAACAAAUGGUUUGGCCAGUUUUCUACAAAGUGGAUCCCUCGGAUGUGCGGCAUCAAAGAGGUAGUUAUGGUGAGGCACUUGCUAACCAUGAACGCAAAUUCGAAGACGAGAAACUCACAAACGAUGAUGAAAGAAAAUUCCAAGACAAUAUGAAGAAGGUGCUGAGAUGGAAGGAAGCUCUUACAAUGGCUGCAUCUUUGGCUGGGUCGCCUUACUGGGAGGGGUGCCGUGAAACUGAAUUUAUUCACAACAUUGUCAACGGGAUUUCCUUAAAAUUAUUAAAUGAUACCCAUAUCAAUGUGGCAAAAUACCAAGUCGGAAUAGAGGAUCGUCUACAAGAUCUUCGUUAUCUUUUAGAUGUUGACGGAAAUGAUGUUCGCAUGGUAGGAAUAUGCGGGAGUGGUGGAAUAGGAAAGACAACUGUUGCUAAAGCUGUUUAUAACUCACUGGUCCAUGUGUUUGAAGGGGGUUGUUUUCUGGGAAAUAUAAGAGAAAGAUCAAUACCAUAUGGAGGCCUAGUCGACCUACAAAAUUUUCUUCUUUAUGAGAUUCUAAGGGGAAAGGAAAUAGAGGUUACCAGUGCCGAUAAAGGAAUCAAUGUGAUAAAGGAAAGGUUGAGUCAUAAAAAGGUCCUUGUAAUUGUAGAUGAUGUGGAUCAUUUGGACCAGUUAAACAACUUAGUUGGAGGUUGUGAUUGGUUUGGUUUGGGCAGUAGAAUUAUCAUAACGACAAGAGAUAAGAUAGAUAUUGAACAAGGCAUAAUUGGGAUGCAUGACUUGCUUGAAGAAUUGGGUAGAGAAAUAGUUUAUGAAGAGUCGCGAAAUGAGCCUGGUGAACGUAGCAGAUUGUGGUUUCACGAGGAUGUUUAUCGUGUUCUAACAGAAGGAACAGGAACAAACAAUAUUAAAGGCAUCAUAGCAAAGUUUCCGACACCAGAUGACAUAUGCUUGAGUGGUGACAGCUUCUCAAAGAUGAAAAACCUUCGACUUUUCAUCAAUGUGAAUGCACGAUUUUCUGGUGAUCACGUGGAUUAUCUAUCUAAUGAGUUGAGGUUUCUUCAUUGGCCUGAUUGUCCUCUACAAAGUUUACCAUCUACUUUCAAUCCAAGGAAACUUGUUGAACUUUAUAUGCCUUGUAGCCGCUUGUCACAACUUGGGGAGGGAUUCAAGCGUUUGCAAAAUUUGAAGUCCAUGAAUUUUGAGAGCUGUGAAUUCCUAACAAAAACCCCAAAUAUCUCUGGAAUUCCAAACUUACAGUCCUUGAAUCUAGACUACUGCACAAGUUUAGUUGAGGUUCAUCCUUCUGUUGGAUUUCAUGAUAAGCUUGUGGACUUGAGGCUUGAGAGUUGCCAUAACCUCACACUAUUUCCAAUAAUCAAGUCAAAAUCUCUAGAAGUUCUCAAUCUUGAAGAUUGCAGAAGACUGGAGACUUUCCCUGAAAUUGGGGGAGAGAUGGAUUCCUUACGUUGCUUGUUUCUAUCUGGUAGCGGCGUCAAAGAAUUGCCUGCGUCGAUUGCAUGUCUCAUCAGUCUUGAAUUUUUAGACCUAAGGAGUUGUGAAAAUCUUACGAAUCUGCCACCCAGCGUUUAUGAGUUGGAACAUCUAAACCACAUUUGUCUCCAAGGAUGUCGAAAGCUUGUUACAUUUCCAAAUAAAAUGAAGGCUGAAGUUUUGGGGAGUGCAGAAUCACUUCCU